AUGUAUCCACUCACCGUCAUAAGAAUAGCAAGAGGACACGAAGUGCGCGUAGAGCUGAAAAGCGGAAACACGUACACAGGUACUCUCUACAAGUGCGACCUUUGGAUGAACAUCCACAUGAAGAACGCGAUAAAAGACAACACAGAAGAGGUGGAGGAGUGCUACAUAAAGGGCGCUGCAAUAAAAACAGUGCACUGCAAAAAGAAACAUCUCUCAAUGCAGGAAAUCCUCCAAAAGAGAAGAAAAUAG